GAGCCAGUUACCAACGUGGGGGUCACACAGAGCAGACGUGAAGGGCACAAGUCAUGGCGACCUCUGCUAAAGCUGAAGAUGAAGCAGUUACUAAUUUUAGGACGUAUUUGAGGAUACCAUCAGUGCAACCAAAUAUAAAUUACGAUGAAUGUGUCAACUUUCUUAAGCAACAAGCUGAGAGCAUUGGUUUGGAUUUCAAAGUGUAUUCAGUGACUGCGGGAAAACCGAUCGUCGUGUUAACAUGGGAAGGAAAAAAACCAUCAGCAUCUUCUAUCCUCCUGAAUUCUCAUAUGGAUGUAGUUCCGGUGUUUCCGGAUAAAUGGAAACAUGAUCCCUUUGGUGCAGAAAAGGAUAAGGAUGGAAACAUUUAUGCUCGAGGCUCACAAGAUAUGAAGUGUGUGGGAAUACAGUAUCUGGAAGCAAUUCGCAGACUGAAGAAAAAAAAUGUCAGACUUCUGAGAACUAUACACGUCUCAUUUGUUCCAGAUGAAGAAAUAGGAGGCAUCGAAGGCAUGAAGAAAUUUGUAACUACUCUGGAUUUUCUCUCACUCAAUGUUGGGUUUGCUAUGGAUGAGGGCAUGGCAAGCCCAAAUGAGGAAUACGUUUUGUUUUACGGAGAGAGAAGCAUAUGGCAUCUGCAUAUACAUUGCCCUGGUUCCCCUGGACACGGUUCCCUUAUUCUACCUGACACUGCAGGAGAGAAAGUCAGGUACAUUAUAGACAAAUUUAUGGAUCUAAGACAGAAGGAAAAGGAAAAGUUGGAGAAAAACCCACAGCUCAAAUUAGGGGAUGUUACCACAAUAAAUCUUACACAGCUUCAGGGAGGAGUUCAGUCAAAUGUUGUCCCACCUGAGUUGACAGUAGUGUUUGAUGUAAGAUUGGCUCUCGAUGUUGCACAUACAGAGUUUGAAGAAAUGGUUAACAAGUGGUGUAGAGAGGCAGGAGAAGGAAUAUAUGUGGAGUAUGAACAAAAAUGUCCACUAGUUGAUGCAACAAAACUGGACAAUACAAAUCCAUGGUGGUUGGCAUUCAAAGCUGAAUGUGACAAAAUGAACCUCAAAUUGGUGCCACAAAUAUUUCCUGCAGCCACAGACAGCCGAUAUAUUAGAGGGAUUGGCUUACCAGCUUUGGGAUUUUCUCCAAUGAAUCAUACACCAGUACUUCUGCAUGAUCAUGAUGAAUACCUCAAUGAGAGCAUUUUUCUGAAAGGUAUUGAGAUAUACGAGAACAUAAUACCUGCUCUGGCAAAUCUGUCAGAUCCUCAGUAAUGUAUUUAUGUAACUUACUGGGAUGUUUAAGAACACAUUUACACCAAUGAUUUCACUAAAAGAAAGUGUUAAUAUGUGAAAACUGAUAUAUAUCUCCUCCUCUAUGCUGUUAAGUAAUCAUGUAGUCAAGAUUUAAUAUUAUUUACUGAGGUAAUUUUUAAAGCAAGGAUUCAAUUGAGAAAUAAUGAAAUAUAACAAUUUGUGUGAGGGAGAGUAGUAUCAGUUUCUCCUGAGAAAAUUCAUCCUUGUCUGUUUAAAAUGAAAAUAAGCAUUGUUACUCAUGGUUAUUUGUUAAAUUGUUCCCUCUUCAAUGUGUCAACAUUUCUAAAAUGUAUUCAUUGUGAGGUCUGUGUUGGAAACAUAAUUCCCAAACAAUUGUGACUUCAUGGACAUGAAAUUUUUGUUUUGCUUCAUCCUUAAAAACAAGUGACCUUCUUUCUGUUUCCUCACUGCAUUAAUACUGGUCUUAAAGACACAGUGGGAUACACAAAAUAUUUAACUACUUAAGUUUUAGGACAGGAUUUGUCUUGAUCAAAAUAAGUGUAUAUACAUAUUUUAGUUGUGUAAAUUGUCUAAAGAGCAACUUCUUUCACAUGCAUCAUUAGGCCAUUUUAAAAAUAAAAUGGCUUCCACAUGGUCACAAAACAGAAACAGCUAAAAGUUAAGCAGCUACUUCUAAUGUUUGGCAUUGUGCAUGUACAAAAUACGUGACAAUGAUAUGGCAACUAAUCAAGUUACUUUCAAGAAAGAAAAGAUGAUUUCCUCAAUGUGUGCAAUUUGUGGAAGUAACAGUUUGCUUAAAUAGUAGCCUUAACAAUAUUGUUGCAUGGUAGAAGAUAAACAUGAUUGUUUUUAGAUAUUUUUAUUUUACUUUUGUAUUUUAACCUCAUAUACUGAAACCUAUGUAGAGUGUUAUUUGUUGAAACACAGUGGUUGUUCUAAUUAAAAAUGUAACAAUAACCAGUAAUUAUAUUUAUACAGAAUUUCAAAUUAAG